CCCGGUGCGGCUCGGCCGCCAUGGACCUGCACAUUCUGGAGCACCGGGUGCGGGUGCUGAGCCUGGCCCGCCGCGGGCUCUGGCUUUACACCCACCCGCUGCUCAAGCUGCUCUUCCUCCCCCAGCGCUGCAAGUGCAAAUUCUUCAGCUUGACGGAGACCCCCGAGGACUACACCAUCAUGCUGGAUGAGGAAGGCUUCAAAGAGCUGCCUCCCUCCGAGUUCCUGCAGGUGGCAGAUUCCACCUGGUUGGUGCUCAGCGUGGUCUCCAACGGGCGGGCACCCUCGGGAUCUCAGGCCACCGGUGUCACCAAGAUCGCCAGGUCGGUCAUCGCGCCGCUGGCCGAGCACCACGUCUCCGUGCUGAUGCUCUCCACCUACCAGACCGACUUCAUCCUGGUGCGGGAGCGGGACCUGCCGGUGGUGAUCCACACGCUGGCCGGGGAGUUCGACAUCUACAAGGAGGAGAGCGGGGAAUGUGUCCCUGUCACCUGCGAUGACGUCAGCAACGGCUUCCUCAAGCCCAAACCAGCUGCCAGCCCCACGCUGCAUCCCGUGCAGAGCCCCCAGACCCGGUUCUGUGUCCUGACGGUGGCCCCUGACACGCUGCCCUCCAUUGCCACCAUGCUCAUCGACGUCCUCUUCUACUCCCACAGCCCCCCCCGGGAGGCUGGUGCCAGCAGCCAGGACCUCAACUCCAGCACGUUCUUUGCCUUCUCUCUCAUCGAGGGCUACAUCUCCAUCGUGAUGGAUGCCGAAACCCAGAAGCGCUUCCCCAGUGACCUCCUCCUGACCAGCUCCUCGGGGGAGCUCUGGCGGAUGGUGCGGAUCGGGGGGCAGCCCCUGGGCUUUGACGAGUGCGGCAUCGUGGCGCAGAUCGCGGAGCCGCUGGCGGCUGCCGAUAUCUCCGCCUACUACAUCAGCACCUUCAACUUCGAUCACGCCUUGGUCCCUGAGGAUGGCAUCGCCGAGGUCAUCCAGCUGCUGCAGCAGCGCCAGGACGGGGGCAGAUAGUGGCUGGCCAGCUGUCCCCGCCCCUAGUGGCCCAGCGCGGUGGCACGGUGGGGUCCCUCCUUGUCCUCUCCUCCCUCCCGCUGCCACAUUUGUUGGUUUUUAAUUGAAGCCCUUCCCCCACCCGCUGUGGGGCAGAGCUCCCUGCCUGCUGGGGACGCGGGGGUAUGGUGGCUUUAAGGACCCAGUGGCCUCAUGGUGGUGGGACAAUGUCCUGUGGGAGGAGGGCAGUCCCCACCCUGUCACCCAUUGUCCCCAGGCUGGGGACUUGGGAGGAGAGUGGGUGUCCCCAGGGGCUUACUGGGCAGGGGGGAUGUACCUGAAAGCCAUGAUGUACCACCAAAAUGAGGGUGGGGGGGAUAGGACAUGUCCCCAUGGGUGUGUGGUCCCCCUGGGUAGGGUGGCUGUGAUGCUCUGGGACACCUCUGGGGAGACAAAAGCAUCCGUGGAGC